UGUAAUUUGACUGCCGCCCUCAGAGUAUCAGUCAGUCGACUCUGUGAGUGAAGUGCACCUGGAAGCUUCUUUUAUUUUCUUCCCCCCCUUCUCCCAAAUAUGUCCAUCAAUCGGAAAAACUGGUCAGCUUUGUCCAGCCUCGCUCGUCAGUGGACGAUGGAGGACGAGGAGGAGGUCGAGAGGGAGAAGAGGAGGAGGGUGAAGAGCUCGACCAGCGCCGACCCAGAUUCUGACUUGAGUCCAACGCAGAGAAGCGCACCCACAAGCGACAGCACCACUGUGACGGACUCCUCCAGUGAGACGUCCCAGGGCCUCAGCAGCGUGGAGCAGAUGCAGGUGGACUUUGUGGAGAUGCUGCGAGUGCGUGACGAAAAGCGGAGGAUGAGGCACGUGGAGACGUUGAGACGACAGAAGGAGGAGGAAGAGAAGGAUGAAGGAGAGGCCGGCAGAGGAGGAGGUGCCAGGCUGGAGAUACUGGGAGACGUGGAUGAGGAGCGGGGCAGCAACACGGUCAAAACACAAUCACCUGUAAAACCAGCCAGCAGUGCCACCAUCAGCAGCAGCAGCAAAACCAGAGUUAACAUCACAAACAGACAACAUGAAAACGGAGAGUCGUCGGGUAAAGACCCUGAUCCUAAACCGUCAUCCACCCCGACCCGCAAGUUUGUCAGUUCUGUCUCCAUCUCACUCGACAAGAGCCCGUCCAUCAGCGGGUGCUCGUCUCCCAUGAGCCCACGCUCUCCGACGACGCCCGGGUCACCGCAAGAACGUUGGCCUUCACCCUGCCAGAGUCCUCGGGUAGUUAAAAGCGUUCUUCAGAACGGACACGCGAAGCACCCCACCAAUGGAAACUUUGAACCGACGGCCAAACCUGCCUUUAUCAAACAGAGCUCCAGGACUGUAUCUUUCAGGAUGAUGAGAAAGAAAGAAGAGGAGACUUCACCGCUGCAGAGGAGUGCGAGUAUGAGGAUGGCCUCCAAGAAGUUUGAACCCAAUACAGACCAAAAUGAAGAUGAAGACAAAGCGUCAUCUUUCCAGAGAGGCUCCAAGCAGAGGGUUUCAUCCAGAUCCAUCCAAGAGAAGAUGGAGAGACUGGCUCAGGCUGCACAGAAGUCAGAACCGAUGCGAUCUCCAGACGUGACCCAGAGAACCCUAUUCCUGCUGGACGAGGUGUCCAGGAAGAGAGGCCUCUUUGAGAAGGAGCAGGCGGCACAGAAUCCCACCAGUCCGGGAGUUUCCAGACAGGAGUUUAGGAGCUUCACAUCAGGAAUGUCCGACCGGAUCAACCGCUGGAUCAACAAGACCCACCAAACAGGGUCUGCACACGGUCCCACUGACUUGAGACACGUGGACAUCAAUAGUAAGAGGAGCUUGUUUGAGAACAGGGGGGAGGACGGUGUCUCAAAAGUCAGCCCCGGAAAAACCUUCAAGUGAAGCACGAUCAUUGAUAAUGCUCAACCGGUUUUCACAUACAGCAGGAGGAGAGGCAGAGAUAGGGAAGAUUAAUGGAUGCCAUGACUGACUGAUUUUAUUUUUCUUCAAGUUUUUUUUUUUUUUUCUUCACUGCUAAAGUACACAAGAGGAACCAGCAGGAGUCACCCAGGAAAGAAGUGUGUUGGGUUGUAGAUUUAGAGGACUGAAACGGAGGACACUGCUUUUAAAGUUAGGAGGCUUCUAUCAUACACUUAUGCUUCUCUUAGGAUAAAUUUGUCUUGUUUCAAACACUGAAAUACAAGAGAGAGACGUUUAAAGUUCGGGCGAGGGAAGGAGUGAAAAAGGAAUGUGGACAUGAGAGGAAGAGAAAAGUGGGAGAAAAAAGGGAAAGGGUGGUGGAAUUUCUUUUGUUUAAAAAAAGGAAAAACCUUUUCAUGUGUUUGCAUCUGUGUAAUUUUUUCAAGCACUUUAAAACGGUGAAGGUCUUGUGAGCUAAUGAUGUCUUUGUUUAUUAAACUGGGAACGCUGUAAUUGUAUGUUUUAUCUAAUCUGCCAAAAAAAUAAUUUUUGUGUUUUAUCUGGACUUGUGGACAAGAUUCUGCCUGUCUAAGGAAUAAAAUGUUUUACAUUUUA